AUGGAAGUACUUAGCUGCACGGAUGAGCAGAAAGUCCGUUAUGCCGCAUUUAAGAUGAAUGGAGAUGCGAAAUGUUGGUGGCUUUUUGAAAACCUGCUAGAGGGACAGAGGGUAGUGAAAGUGGCAUUCACCUGGGAACGAUUUGAGGAACUGUUCUUGGACAGGUAUUUUCCCUCGUCAACUAGAGAAGAAAAUGUUGGGGAGUUUACCAACUUGACCCAUAGAAAUAUGACUGUUGGGGAGUAUGUGGCGAAAUUUGUGGAGCUAUCUCGCUUCGCACCUUUUAUGAUCCCUAAUAAGGCAAGAAAGACCGAAAUAUUUGAAAAAGGUCUGCAACGAAAGAUCUUUGAGCCUGUGGUGGAGUUCCAAGUCCAGAAUUUCUCAGACUUGGUGGAUAAGGCUUCGGUACUGGAGAAGUGUUUGCAGGGUAGCAUAGAGCCGUCAGAGCAGAGAAAGAGGCCUGCACCUUCUAGUUUUCAAGCUUAG